AUGGCGACCCCUAACUCUUGGGAGGAUGAUCCCUCUGCUCAGGAUGAGAACCUCGCCCAGCAGGCUCAGCAGCAACUUAACAUGAACCCCGCCCCCGCGCAAGGCGGCUUCCAACCAAACAUCAACUCUUUCCAGCCUGGUGCCGCCGCUUUCACACCAGGCGCCACUUCUUUCCAGCCUGGUCAGCAAGCAUACGGAGGAUACGCACCUCAAUACCAGCAGCAGCAACAAUACUACCAGCAAGGCUACUACCCUCAAUACGGUGGUGCUCAGCAGGGCUACGGCCAGUACAACCAGGGCUAUGGUGGCUACAACCAAGGCCAAGGUCAAGGUCAAGGUCAAAGUUAUGGUGGUGGCUACCCUCAAUAUGGCCAGCAACAACAACAACAGCAGCAACCAUCUCAGCAGCCCGCUGCCCCCACGAUUGCCCAGCGACCUGCCGCCGAUGCCUCCAGCCAACCCGCUGCUACUGCCCCUAAGCCCAAGGUGAUCAGCAUCAGUGGCGACACUUCUGCUCCCAAACCCAAGGCCAAGGUUCUCUCCAUCUCUGGAUCCGGUACCGCUACCCCCGUCAAGCAGGAGGAAACCCCCAAGCCUGAGCCCAACGACAAGCCUGAGGCUGGUCAAAAGGCCACAGCCGCCAAGGCCAUCGAGAAGACAGGCGAGAAGGCCGGCAAGGCUGCCAGCACUAAGACUUCUGGCAAGACUUCACCAAGCCCUGCUUCUGGACGUAACAGCCCUACUGCUGGUGAGAAGAAGCCGACUGCCCGAGAGAUUGAUGCUGUCGAGAAGGAGCAGGCUGCCGACGUCGAUGAGGAAACACUCAAGGAAAUUUACGGCAAGGAGCACGUCAACAUCAUCUUCAUGGGACACGUUGAUGCCGGAAAGUCAACUCUGGGUGGUUCGAUUCUGUAUGCCACCGGUAUGGUUGAUGAGCGAACCAUGGAUAAGUACAAGAGAGAGGCCAAGGAACUGGGUCGUGAGUCUUGGUACCUUUCAUGGGUUAUGGAUUUGAACAAGGAGGAGCGAACACAAGGAAAGACUAUCGAGGUUGGACGUGGAUUCUUUGAGACCGAGAAGCGUCGUUACAGUAUCCUUGAUGCUCCUGGUCACAAGAUGUACGUCCCCAACAUGAUUGGAGGUGCAUCACAGGCCGAUGUCGGUAUUCUGGUUAUUUCCGCCCGAAAGGGUGAGUAUGAAACUGGUUUCGAGCGUGGUGGACAGACCCGUGAGCAUGCUAUGCUUGCAAAGACUCAGGGUGUCAACAAGCUCAUCGUUGCCGUUAACAAGAUGGAUGACCCCACUGUAGAGUGGUCUCAAGAGCGAUAUACCGAGUGCACAUCCAAACUCGCACAGUUUCUUAAGGGUACUGGUUACAACCUCAAGAACGACGUUUACUUCUUGCCAAUUGCUGCUCAGCAAAUGAAGGGCAUCAAGACCCGUAUCCCCAAGGAAGACGCUCCCUGGUGGGAGGGUCCCUCGCUGCUCGAGUACCUCGACAGCAUGAAGGCGCUUGAGCGUAAGGUCAAUGCUCCUUUCAUGUUGCCCGUCAAUGGCAAGUACCGUGAUCUUGGUACAAUGGUAGAGGGAAAGAUUGAGGCCGGUGUUGUUAAGAAAGGCAUGAACAUGAUCAUGAUGCCCAACAAGCAAAGUGUUGAGGCUGCCGCCGUCUACGGCGAGCAGGAAGAUGAAGUUCAACUGGCUCAAUGUGGUGACCAAGUGCGAAUUAGACUCAAGGGUAUCGAGGAGGACGAUAUCCUGCCCGGAUUCGUGCUGUGCUCACCAAAGCGACUUGUGCACACUGUCACCGAGUUCGAGGCGCAAAUUCGCAUUUUGGAGCUUAAGAGUAUCUUGACCGCUGGCUUCAACUGUGUUCUUCACGUCCACUCCGCCAUUGAGGAAGUGACAUUCGCUAGCCUUCUACACAAGCUACAAAAGGGAACCAACCGCAAGAGCAAGAACCCACCUACACACGCCAAGAAGGGCGACAGCAUUAUCGCCCGCAUGCAGGUGAUUGGCGGAGCAGGCGCUGUGUGCGUGGAGAAGUUCGAGGACUACCCCCAGAUGGGUCGCUUCACAUUGAGAGACCAGGGACAAACCAUCGCUAUUGGCAAGAUCACAAGGCUCAUCUCUGACGAAGCUUAA